GCGACGGCGAUAAUGCGCCCCAUCGCUCGAGCUCAUUCAGUAUUCAUCGUGAGUCGACAGUGCGCGGAUCGUCGCGGAAGUUGCGCGCGCGCUUCGAUUCCCAACCCGUUUCCGUGGUCUGCUCACUCAGCUGCGCUGCAUUUUCUGCACUGUAUGAAUGCAGUCUGCGUCCGAAUAGAAUAUUGUAAUAGAAGAGUUUGACCUAGGCGGUGGCUGGUUGGUUGUGCAGUGAAAUCGCGAGAUACUUCAGCUCGUUGGGUGUAAUUAAUCACACAAGUGCAAGUGCGACUUUCUUUUGUUCAUCUGGUCGCGAUCAGUAGGGAAGUUCUGUUUGAAGAGUUCGGUUGGCGACAGCUCGAGUGUUCUUAUCGGUACGAAACGACGCGAAGAAAUAUGGAUGGUGUUGGAGUUCUGGCAAGGUCGCUUUCGGGCAGCUGCUGACCUAAUUCGAAGCAUUUUCUCCCCGCUUGGUUCGUUGGAGUUGAAUGGUUGUAGCUGGGAAAAGUGGCGACGACAGGCCAGUUCUGCGACAGGCUCUCCGAUUUCAAUGUCGUUGAGCCCACGCUUGGAUGGUAGAGAGGGGCUUAAGACAACAUCGCCGCUCAGAUCAGGUUCCAAGUCCACGGCAACCAAACCGCGACAGCAACGGGGAAGAUUACCGCAGGGAACAGCCGAGAAUCGAAACGAUAAGAUAUUGUGAGUUAUUUCAGUUUGUGAAAAUAAUUGCAUCCAAGUGUGGCCGCACCAGAGGUAGCGUGAAUCAGAUUAACAAGUCAAGGAGAGCCCGUACAGUGCAGUGCACCGCGUGUCGGUUGUUGUAAGGCAAGUUACGGUAGAUUAAGGUGGACAGAAGCCUGGUGGUUGUAUUUUUAGAACCGCGGAUUCCGUCGAGUGAACUAGUGUGGUGAAAAAUUUCCGUCUCAAUUUGCGACAGUCCGCAAGAAUCCGUGCAAUCUCGAGCAAAAGAACGCGAAUGUUUGUUGUGAAAGAGGCUGAAGAACAAGCGAAGAAGUGAAAGUUCAAUAUCCCCCGAGUUCGAGAUGGCGGAGUCGUACGAGAUGUGCGAGACGAGCAGCAGCAGCACGAGCAACACUGUGGACGAUAGCCCUAGUGGGAGCAGCCGGAGGAUUGCUCCGCUGGCCGUCGAGGAGGAAGUGACACAAUUCAAGGAAGCGGAAUUGAUGAUCCAGGUGAUGGACCAGGACGAAGCAGCUACUGGGUUGGUGGCAAAACGUCCAAUUACCUUGGGUUUGCCCCCGUUGAAGAUGCCCCUUACUCAUCCGGGAUUCGAUCGUAGUCCCAGUAUGGGAGGGGGAUCCACUGCGUCUUCCUUGGCCGCUGCGCGGCUGUUCAAACCGGUUACCAUCAGCUUCAAGGAUCUUUCCUACUCGGUGCGGAAUGGUAUCUUUCGAAAAGGUCGGGACAUUCUGCAAAACAUCAAUGGAGAGUUUCGAGCGGGUGAGCUGACGGCCAUCAUGGGACCUUCCGGAGCUGGAAAGAGUACACUGUUGGACAUUCUCGCCGGCUACACCGAAAGCGAAUUCACCGGUGAGAUUCUAAUCAACAAGCAGCACCGUGAUUUGAAGCGCUUCCGGCGCCAAUCGGCCUACAUCAUGCAGGCCCACGACCUGCAGCCGCAUCUCACCGUCCUGGAGGCCAUGCACUUCUCGGCCAAUCUCAAAAUCGGCACCGAGCUCAGUCCGGCCAGUAAGAAGAUUCGGAUGCACGAAAUCCUCUGUGCCAUAGGUCUGCAAGAGCACAAGAAAACUCGCACGGCCAAACUGUCCGGCGGACAGAAGAAGCGUCUAGCCAUCGCACUGGAGAUCGUCAACAACCCGCCGGUGAUGUUUUUCGACGAACCGACCAGUGGACUGGAUAACUCCACGUCGAAGAAGUGCGUCGAGCUGUUGAAGCAGCUGGCCCGUGAGGGUCGAACUAUCAUCUGCACGAUCCACCAACCGUCAGCACUGCUGUUAAACAUGUUCGACCAUCUGUUCACGGUUGCCGAAGGCCAGUGCAUUUUCACCGGGACGAGCAACAACAUUGUGCCAUUUUUGAAGGAGUUGGAUAUCAUCUGUCCGGAGUACUACAGUCCGUCCGAUUUCUUACUGGAAAUCGCGACUCACGACUACGGGCGCCAAAAUGACCAGCUUGUUGCCAAAACGGAGAACGGCAAAAGCACAGCGUACCGAAGGCAUGAACUCUUCACCCCUUUUCUGUUGCCGAUCCUUGAAUCCCCAGUGUCCAUCGAUGUUCCAUCGCUGCCCUCGAAAGAGGCAUCCAACUCCCCCCUAGCCAAACCAAAGAAACUGGCCAAGAAGUUGUCACUCAAUCCGGAGAAGUGGUGCGGUCGAGACGAGAUCUACACCACUAGUUUCUGUCGACAGUUUUCGCUGCUGUUGCUGCGGACGUUUUUGAUUCUGAGUCGAGAUCGAUCGCUGAUGACGAUGCGGUUCAUCAUUCACUGUACGAUCGCUCCGCUGAUCGGGGUGCUGUACUUCGGUAUCGGCAAUCAGGCGCAGCACAUUUUCAACAGCUUCAACUAUGUGUUCUUUUCGAUCAUGUUUUUGAUGUUCACCGCGUUCAGUUCGAUGACGAUGGCAUUCCCGCUGGAGCUUCCGAUCAUCACCCGGGAGCACUUCAACCGGUGGUAUUCGCUGCGGGCGUACUAUAUUGCCAUGACGGUGGCGGACAUCCCGAUUCAGGUGCUUUGUACGGUGACCUACAUCGCCAUCACAUACUACAUGACCGGUCAACCUCCGGAGGCCUACCGGAUGGGACUUUUCACGCUGAUCUGUCUGAUGGUGGCAUGGGUGGCCCAAGGACUGGGGCUACUGGUGGCGUCGCUGUUCGAUGUUAAGAACGGCGCCAUCUUCGGACCCUUCUUCAUCUGUCCGUUCCUGAUAUUCUCCGGUUUCUUCAUCCACCUGAACGACGCCCACCCGAUCAUGCACUGGUUGUUCCACAUCUCGUUUCUGAAGUACGCCCUCCAGGGCGCCACGGUGGCCAUCUUCGGCUUCGACCGGCCCAAGCUGGACUGCGAGGAAACGUACUGCCACUUUGUGUUGCCAAAGAAGUUUCUCAAGGAGAUCGACAUGCUGCGGGCGGACUUUGUCGAGGCUGUGAUUGCACUGGCGGUGAUCUUUUUCGUCUUUAGGAUAGCGGCUUUCUACGUGAUGCGGUACCGGUUGAAGAACAAGAGCUGAGUUUGAGGGGGUGGAAAACUGAUGCGCGAGUUGUGAUUUCCUUCCGGGCCAGAGUUUUGUACCGCUGUUAGCUAGGAUGUAGUCAUUUUACCGUUAAGUAAGUGCAACAAAGAAGUCGAGCUGACAUUCCUUUUUCCCAAGUCUAGAGCUGUGGUGAGGUAUAUUGCCUAUGCAAGCAGAGUCACAUUAGGUAAGGUUCGAUACAUCAAUAAAGUCAUUAAUAAAGUUGUUCGUGAAAUUGUGAUGAAGUGACGAUUUUAUGGUUCAAGCUUGAAAUGGUCUUGCAUUUAGCUAGCGUUGUUAAUAAUAAGUGGGGUGUAUUCCUUAUGCUUUAUGUUUUAUUGAAUGAUUCGAAUGUAUAAUAAAUAAGCUGCGAAGUAUAACAAAA